ACAUCCAACAGGACUGUCAUUAAGUAUUUGACUGAUGGUAUGUUAUUGAGGGAGGCUGUUGCUGAUAGAUUGUUACAAGACUACAAUGUUAUCAUGUUGGAUGAAGCUCAUGAAAGAACUAUACACACUGAUGUUCUUUUUGGUAUUGUUAAGGAAGCACAAAGAUUUAGGAAGGAAAAACUGGCACCACUUAAAGUGAUCUUGAUGUCUGCAACAAUGGAUGUAGACCACUUUUCCAAAUACUUCAACAAUUGCAAAGCACUAUACCUUGAGGGAAGAACAUUUCCAGUUGAAGUGUUCUACACAAAGAAAAAACACGAAGAUUAUCAAACAGCAACAGUUGCCAUUUUUAAAAUACACCAAGAAGCACCAGCCAACCAUGAUGUUCUGAUAUUUUUAACUGGACAAGAAGAAAUUGAAACAGUCGCACAUCAAAUUCGGCAAUUGGCCAAAGAUCCCGACGUAGAAGGACCUGCAAUCAGAGUAUUUACAUUGUACGCCGCACAAACAGGAACAAUGCAAAUGCAGGUAUUCAAUUAUGCACCAGAAAGGACACGCAAAGUGAUCAUCAGUACAAAUAUUGCUGAGACGAGUGUAACUAUCAGUGGAGUGAAGUAUGUUAUUGAUGCUGGGAUGGUAAAAGCUAGGAUAUAUAAUCCAAUAACUGGUCUAGACCUUCUCAAAGUGCAAAGAAUAUCACAAGACCAAGCAUGGCAACGUGCCGGACGUGCAGGUCGUGAAUCCGAGGGUUAUUGUUAUCGUAUUUUCACAAAAGAACAAUUUGACAUGAUGCCGAAAUCAUCUCGUCCUGAAAUUCAACGCGCAAAUUUAAACAUUGUCACUUUACAACUUCUAUCACUAGGAAUUCAUGCUGGGCAGUUUGAUUUCAUGGACAAACCGCCUAAAGAUUCAAUCGUUUCUGCUUUCGAACAAUUGAAGCUUCUUGGAGCUGUAGGAAGUAAAGAUAUGACAAAACUCACACCACUCGGGAAGCAAAUGUCGAAAUUUCCUCUGGAUCCUCGAUUUAGUAAGAUUUUAUUAUCUGCUAGUACUUACGGUUGUGUUGAAGAAGCUCUGACGAUUGUUGCGGUUCUGAGUGGAGAAUCAAUUUUCCACAAUCCGCCACAUCGAAAAAUCGACGCACAGAAUGCCCGACAAAAAUUUUGUUCUCCGUAUGGUGAUCACAUCACUUUGUUGAAUAUUUUCCGCGAAUAUACGAACGUUGGCCCGUCCAAUAAGAAAAGAUGGUGUAUGGAACACUUUCUCAAUCACCGAAAUCUUAUAUAUGCUCGAGAGGUGCGCUCACAGCUGUUGGAAAUCUGCAAGAAAUGUGAUAUU